GUAGACAAUUGACCCCCGUUAACAACGUUGUGCCUACGCACAUGUUGGUGCGUGCAAUUAAAUAAAGUCAGCUGACGCCUUGCUUUUGCAGCAAUAACAACGAUGUCACCAAGAAAUAACCACGAUCCGACCUCCUCCGGCGAUGGCUCCAGCACAAACGUUGAGGAGGCCGAUUUACGAGAAAUGGAAGACGUCAAUCAGAGCUUGGACGCUUUGAGCUGUGCCUUGGACGCUGUGGAACAGCGCACGGACGACAUCCUGUCGCAGCUGCGCCAGCUCCUCGACUCGAAUCGCGAAAUACGCCGUCAGUUGACCCAGCAAAACGACAAUGUUUCAGAGGAGCAUCAAAAUAAUGACAGCGAGGAUGGCGACGACGAUAUGGUGGGACAGAUAGACGGCUAAUAAGCACCCACCCGGAGCAAGUGUCAACCAAACAUGUUUUGUUUUCUUUUUUUCUU